AUGAAUAUUCUUUUGAUUGGAGAUUCGAUGAUUAAACGCUUGGAAGCGCAUUUAUCUGAGGAUUUGGAUGUUAUUUUUUACCGAGGAACAACCAUUGAGAGGUUAACCAGUAGAAUUUCUAAAAUAAAGAAACACUGUGAUUGGAUUUUAGUGCAUGUGGGCACCAAUAACAUAUCAGUUGAUAGUGUAGAAAUAAUACUUCAAAAGUAUAGGUCACUGGCUAAUGAGAUUUUACGAGUCAAUCCAAAGAAAACUGUUGAACAUAUAAAAAUCUUAAACCAUAAGAUUGAAGCUGUAAAUAAAGCAUUAGAAAAGUUGUGCCAUAAUGAAGAUGCUUUUAUCUUUUGCAGUUCUAACAAGCCAUCCUGGUCUGGUUUCCUGGGAAAAGAUGGUUUACAUACUAAUAAAAGUGGUGAUCUUCGCUUGGCCAAUUAUUUCUGUAGGCUUUUAAAGAAAUGCAUUUCUUCAGAUAAUGCAUCUCGAAAGAGGAAAAAUUGCCAGUUGAUCACCUCGGGAUAUAUUUUGGAUUCUUUGGAGUUUCCUCCAUUGCCUUCCUGUGAUCAGCCUUCAUUUUUAUCAUCAUGGCCACAGCAUUCUGGUUCUGCUGUGCCUUGUAGCGAGGUACUAACUUUUGUUGACCCAGUUCCUUCAUAUGUUUCUUCUUUUCCAUCAGCUUCUCAAAAGGAUCAAAAAUGCCAAUCAAUUGCACCUAAAUUCAUUUUGGAUUCUACUGAGUUUCCUGCAUUGUCUUCCUCAAGGCAAUCUUCAUUUUUAUCAUCUUGGUCUAAACAUCCUGCUUCUUGGCCUUUCGCACUGCCAUCUGUUUCAGCUUGUGCAGUCUCAACCGCUUCUUGCUCUCUUCCACCCUCUCCGCCUGUGCCUCGCUCUCUUCCACCCUCUCCGCCUGUGCCUCCUACUGGUCAUGUUCAAUUUCUUGUACCUAUUGUUUCUUAUAUGCCUAUGGUUCAGUUCAUGCCAUUCCAUUCUGUUGCUGUGUCCUAUCCUCCAUUUUAUGUACCUGUUGUUCCACCAUUUCUACCUGCUGCUGUUUCCUCUCUUCCAACAUGCAGUCUGUCAGUUGUUGCAUGCACUCUGCCAACCCACUCUGAACCAGAACCUGCUUGCACAUCUCCAGUCCACUCUGAACCAGGAGCUCCUCGCAUUUCCCCAGCCCAGUGUCGGCCAGCAUGUGCUUCUAACAAACUUGGAAAGGCAAGAAUUACUAAGAUAAGUAAAAAUAUUUUUUCAAAAUGUGACAAAAAUAUCUAUGAAAAUGUUAUUUGCGGUAUUCCUGCAACAAAUAAAUUUGGAGUGUUACUAGAUGAUUGUAAAGAAGAAAAUAGGACAGAUAUAGUUUUGGCUCUAAAUUAAAAAAAAAUAUCACUGGAGGAGGUGCUCAAAAGUUCUCAUAUUCAAAGACUUGUGAUUAUUGUGGGAAAACUUGUAUGUCCAAGUCAUCAUUUUCAAAGCAUUUAAGAAAAUAUAAAUGUGUAGAGCACGUUAAGAGUACUUAUCCUAAAAAAUGUGAGAUAUGCUUAAAAUUUUAUUCCUCGAGAUCCUCUUUUCCAAAUCAUUUAAAAUGCUGUAAACCAAAGAUUUGUGAUGUUUUACCAAAAAGCAAUUGUAAUAAUUUAUUGGAGGCUAGUGUUAGCUCUCAAGCAGAAAUUGUAAAAAAGCCCAAAUUAUGUUUAGUGCCAGUCAAAACAACUUUAGAUAAUCAGCAUUUAACUGAUAAAUGUGAAAAUUCUCCCCAGUUGUGUCUAGAGUGUGGUAGAUUUUAUAGUGGUAAUGAAUAUUUUAAUGAACACACAAAAAGAUGUACUGGUGACAAGAAGCAUGAAUUGUAUUUUUGUACAGGAUGUAAUAAAGCUUAUGUUAGUGUAUGGAAUUUAAAUAAGCAUCUUAAUGUUGUGCAUGACAUUAAAAACAUCAAAACUUAUUCUUUCAAUUCUAUUUCAAGUUUUAAAAUUUGUUUAGAAUCUGAAACUAUUGGUACUCAUACUUAUUUUAAAAAAUCAACUGGGAAAAAAAUAUGCGGUGAGAAAACAAUCUAUAAUUAUUCUUGUCAAUUUUUUCAUCCGUCAUAUCAAUCAAGGAUUAAUUCAAGGGCAGAGCGAAACGGUAAAAAUAAAAAGGGGGUAAUUCCUUUCAAUAUAAGUUGUCCUGUUAAGAUCUAUGUAUGUGAACAAAAGAAUUUGAUCUUGGUUACAUAUUAUUCCAUUCAUCAAGUCAGUUACGAGAACACUAAAUAUCACCCCCUUAAAGAAAGUUCACGUGAUUUAAUUAAAUCUUACUUAUUACUAUCCUUUCCCAUUUCAAAAAUUGUAAGUUUAUUACGUGGCGAUGUAGGAUGUCGAGAUAAUAGAAAUUUUUUUCCUACAAAGGAAGCCUUCAUAUCUCGUAAAACUAUACAGAAUUAUUUAAGGCGCUUACGCAAUUCAAUUCAGCCAGCCAAUGAUGCUAUGUCUGUUUCUUGUAUAGUAGAGGAAUUAAGGAAAGAGCCAUACAAUCCUAUUUUAAUUUUUAAAUUGCAGAAGUCGAAAACAAUUUGGGGCCCUGUACAUUUAGAUAAUUUGCAAAACUAUGAAAGUUCUUUUGCAUUAGGUUUACAGACUAAAGCACAAAAAGAUAUGUUAGUUAAGCAUUCAGAUAAAAUUCUUUGUAUUGAUGCAACUCGUGGCACAAACUUUUAUGACUUUUAUCUUCUUUCUCUGCAUGUUCAGGAUGAGUAUGGUCAAGGUUAUCCAGUUGCACAUUUUAUCACUAAUGAUUUAGAUUACCAUACCUUAAUUGCUUUAUUUUCAAGUUUACAUUGUCGAAUUCCUGACCUGAAUGUAAAUACUGUAAUGACUGAUGAUGAUGGUUAUUCCUUUAAAGCAUUUAAUUCUGUAUUUGGUCCAAAUAUAAAGCAUCUACUAUGCCAAUGGCACGUUUUUCGCGCUUGGAAAAGGCAGUUAUCUUCAAAAGUAUGUGAUAAGUUUCUCCGUCAAAAAAUGUUAGAUGAGUUAUUAAAAAUAAUGAAGGAAGUGUCCGAAAUAAAUUUUGAAAAUAAACUUUUAAUGUUUAUCGACAGCAAUUCAAAUGAAUGCCAAAAUUUUAUUGAUUAUUUUGUUAGAAAUUAUUCUGGGAGAAAAGAAUUAUGGCAACCUGUUUUAGACAAUUUCCACAUGGUAAUACUAAUACUAAUAUUAUUGCGAAUCUUUUCACAAUCAGUUCAAAACAAUAUAUCUUGAGCGUAAGUAUAAUAGGCGAAUAGAUGAUCUUGUUUCAACUCUUCUGGAAAUGGAAAGGGAUCGAUUUUUAAAAUAUUCUUGUAAUGUUAUUAAUAAUAUUCCUACUCAUUCCAAGUUCACUAACACUGUUAAAGAGAAACAUGACAGGGCUGUAAAGAUUCAGAAUACAGAUGUCAUUGAAUAUGACAAUCAUUGGGAGGUUAAAUCUCAAUCUGUAAAAGGAAAGAUAUAUGUAGUAAGAAAAAUUGCAGAUGCUUGUAUUUUAUUUGAUCAUUGCAGCUUUAAAUGUACGAAUAUUAAUUGUGCGGCAUUGUGUAGUCAUUUGUAUCAUUGCUCUUGUGAAGACUGCAGCAAUUUGUGCAAGCACAUACAUAAAAUUCAUUUAAUGUCUGCCAAACCUAAUAUGUACACAACUGAUGAUUUUUAUAAAUUUGAUGAAGAAAAUAGUAUUACAAUUAAUUCUGAUAUUUUGAGUGAAAAAUUAAAUCCCAACAUGUUAUCUACUAAUGAGAAGUGCAGAUCAAAGGAGGCAGAGUGCAAAAAGUUAUGUUCGGAAAUAUUAGAAUUAAUAGAAAUUCCCCAGAUUAAAAAAAUCAUGCUAAAUAAUGUAGUUAGUUGUUUGAAUAAUUUAGUAGCUGGCAUGCGUGGGGUUUUGAAUCUUAAAAAUAAUCUGGCUUCUGUUGCACCUAAUCAAAAAAUUAAUCCACAGAUUAAGUUUUUAAAAACUUCUCAUAGAAAAAAAAGGAACUGCUCGGCUCGUGAAAGUUGCAAUAAGAAGCAAAAAUUAAAUGAAGCACUUCUUGAUGAACCUAAUAAUCUUUCCGAGCAAGAAACAGAUUUAAAAUCCUUUAAUGUUAAAAAUUCUGAAUGUGUUAAUAUUGAUGUUUCAUAGAUUUAAUAAGUUUAAUGUCACAAAUCCUACUGCUACAAUAUUAACUAUUAAUAAUAUUGAUCUUUCAUUUUAUAUGUUAAAAUCUUUAGAUCCAUUUGUUACUAUCAAAGAAGAAAAAUAUCUUAAAUCAAUAUCGUCAAAUUUCAAAAAAGGUUGGCUAUACGAUUCAGUCAUUGAUGCAUUUAAUUUUGUAUUAACCAGAAGAUUCACAAAUUUCAAAGCUGUAGAAUCUUUACACUCUCUUUUGAUUUUUAAUCAAAAAAACAUUCUUCAAUUUCCUUGGAUUCAAGAAAUAGCAAAUUUUGAUUUUCUUAUAAUUCCUGUAAAUUUAAAUUCCCAUUGGACUUUAAUUAUAGCUGAUUUGAAAAAUAAAAUAUUUGAAUAUUUUGACCCACUUUGUUAUAAGCCAGAUAAGGAUACUUAACAUUAAUAAACCGUUGGUGUACAGUAUUAAAUAAUUCGCUUAAUUCAAAUAGCCACUGGUAGAUUGUUUUUCCACCUCAUGUAAAAUAAAUAGAUGAUUUUAAUUGUGGUGUUUAUAUUAGUUACUAUGUGUAUCAAAAAUUAAACAAUUUAUCAUUGACUGAAAAUUUUGAUAUAGUUGCUUUUAGAGCAUUAAUGUUUGUACAAAUAACU